CAACUGUCAAAAUGACAUCAAAUGCAAACAGAAAAUUUUAAAGAAAAAGACAAAGCGUCGUUUUGUGAGAAAUAAAUAAAUAAACUAUUAAACUUUUUGCAUGAUUCCAUAAACAUAUAACUUUUUAGAAAGUAAACAAAAGCAAAUAUUUGAAACAAUCUCACCAUCAGACUAUUAAUUCCAUUCACAAGCUACCCACUUUCCAACAAUUUGGAAGCAAGGACAAAUUCCAUAAAUUUCACUUCCUCUACCCGAAUUUUCAGUGACAUUGAAAACUUUUCAAUCUGGCGACCAUAAAAAGAAAACGAGGACGUCCACGUCGUGUGGAAUUGACAGAUGAUUUUGAUAUACAUCUAAUUCAAGAAUUUGAAAAACGUCCUGAUCUCUACGAUCGAAAUGCACCCAAUUUCAAGGAUAAAGCAUAUCAUGAUGAAUUGUGGGAGGAAUUGUCACACUGUUUGGGAUACGAUGUAAGCAUUGUCAAAGAUCGAAUGGUUCAAAUUCGAAAUAAAUACCAUGUCGAAAAGAAGAGAUUGGAAAAUCUUAAAAUUGAUAAUCCAAAAGCUUUUACCGAAUCCAAAUGGCCCUUAUAUGAACAAUUGGCUUUUCUAUCGGAACACAUUCCAAUAAGACGUUCAUUUCGAACAAUGCGCUGCAGGCGAAAGUACAGCGAGAGUGAGUAUGUGAUGAAAAGCGAAGCAGAUACAGAUGGAUCAGAUGCUGACCGGGAAGGAGAAUUUGCAUACAGAAGCGCUCGAAAAGAUCCAGCACAACCUUCUCGAACUUAUGGCAGUUUCGUGCAAUUGAAAAAUUAUAAAAUUACAAAUAGUUCGUCAGUACCUCCACGCAAUGCACCCCUUCCAACACUUCCCCGGCUUCCACGCAUACCCCGGCAAGUAUAUCAAUCUAGACAUGCGCCACCGCUUUACCAAAGAAAGCUUCCUACACCAGUUGAACGCUUGCCGGGAAGUGACAAGUUUUAUGCAUUUGGACAAUUUUUAACAUCAUCACUUAUAGAGUUGCCAGAAAAAGAAGCUUUAGUCUUGGUAGAUCAGUUUACUUCGGAAUUAGUGCAGGCCUAUUUGGCCAAAAAUACUGAUAAUGAUAAGCCCAACCAGGAACAGGAUAAAGGCCCAGCGAAAGUUGUUGAUUGUAAUGGACAUACCGAUGACGUGGUAAUAGAAUGAAAAUUAAAAACAAAAAAAGGCUAGUUUUAAGUUAUUUUUAGUCGUCAUUAAUUCUUAUUUUCUCUGUCAAACAAUUUGUAUGUAUUAAUUAACUCAAAUGUAUGUACUUUUAAUAAGUAAGCAUAAUCUUUUAAGCAAAAUACAUGCGGACAUCAACUGGUAAUGAAAUAUUUCUGCGAUUAAUAUACAUACUGAAAAUAUUAAUUGAGCAUAUAUUUAAUUAUAUAAAAAUGACAAAAGUGGUUUCAUAUUGUAUAUUGCAUUGAUUUCUUGUAUAGUAUGGAUGUAUUUUGCAAAAAAGUAUUGACUUAAUAGAAGUGUUUAAUGUUUGUUUUUUUAAGUUUUCUUUGAAUAAUAAUAUAGUUUAUAAUUAUACCUAUAUUUUUG